AUGGAGCAAGAAAAGAUGGUUCUGAUUAGCCAACCAAAACAAGAUAUGCAAUCAGUUGAAUCUAGAGAAGUAGAGCAUCCAAAGCAUGAACCUUCGACCGUUACCAAGGAUCAUGCUCUGAGUUCUUGGACGUCUAAGUUUAGAUGGAAGGUACAAGAUGAUCAUGCGCCUAAAGAGAUCUAUAAUUGGAGUUUGUUCCUUUCGGUCACUGUAUUUGGUAUUCUUGGUGCCGCAAGAGGUUAUGAUGAAGGUUGUAUUUCAACUGCAGUUUCCCAACUUUCGUUUAGAGAACGUUUUGGAUUCAACGAUCCAAAUAAAACGGUGGAUGACAUCGCAGAACUAAGCUCGAAUAUUAAAGCUAUGGUUCAAUUGGGAUCCAUCGGUGGAGCUCUUAUUGCUAUGUAUGCUGUUGAUAAACUUGGUAGGGUUAGGUCUUUACAAGCAGCUUGUUUGUUAUGGAUCACAGGUGCAAUUAUACAAAUUACCUCAGGAAACGUUGGUCAGUUGUAUGCUGGGAGAUUAAUUGAAGGACUUGCUAUUGGACAAACUACCACUAUUGGACCUACAUAUAUGUCGGAGGUUGCACCUAAGGCUAUCAGAGGACUUUGUGGAUGUGUGUUUGCUGGUGCUGUAUAUAUGGGUAUUAUGAUUUCAUAUUUUGCAAAUUAUGGUGCAGCUUUGCAUAUGUCACCCGACUCAAAUCAGCAAUGGAUUGUUCCUACUUCGAUCAAGAUCCCAUUAGCAGGUUUAAUAUUCGUUGGAUCGUUUCUCUUCUGUGUCGAAAGUCCAAGAUGGCUAUUGAAGGUCAAUAAGCCAGAUAAAGCAGCAAAGAAUUUAUCAAAGUUAAGAAAUUUACCUACAGACCACCCAUAUGUUUUAGGUGAAAUCUCCGAUAUUAAUGAACAAAUUAAUGCUGAAAACGAAGCUACCGAAGGAAAUACCAUAUUCGCUAUGAUCAAGGAAAUAUUCUGCGUUAAAUCGAUCAGAUAUAGAUUUUUUGCUGUUGCUUCAUUGACACAGCUUUUAGGUCAAUGGUCUGGUGCAAAUGCUGUGACAAUUUAUGCCCCAGAACUCUUUUCAUUAAUCGGAGCAGUUGGUAUCGAGGAAUUGAAGAUGACUGCUAUUUUAGGUGUUGUCAAGUUUGUAUCUGCUUAUUUGAGUGCAUUCUUUAUUAUUGAUUUCUUAGGUAGAAGAAAGGCACUCUACAUUGGUAUUAUAAUCCAAAUGCUUUCCAUUUUAUAUUUUGCUAUAUUCUUAACAAUUGUUCCUGAGGCUAGCGAAGGAGCUGACUUGACUGGAUCAAGGGGACGGGCUGGAAAGGGAGCUAUGGCGGCGUUGUAUUUGUCAGGAGUUGGUUGGACUAUGGGUUUCAAUUCGAUUCAAUACUUAUUAGGCUCAGAAAUUUUUCCAUUGCAUAUUCGUUCGUUCGCUCAGUCUGCUAUCAUGGUUUUACAUUUCGCUAAUCAAUACGGUAAUUCAAAGGCAUUACCUAAGAUGAUGCUUACUAUGAACAAUUAUGGUGCUUUCUACUUCUUUUUCGCUGUUAUGCUUGUCUCUUUGGUCUGGGCAUGGUUCUUUAUUCCAGAAGUUGCUGGCCGUUCUUUGGAAAGUAUGGAAGAAAUCUUCAAUUUACCGUGGUAUCUUAUUGGAAGAAAGGGGGCAGAAUUAUGUCCAGAUUACUCUGAAAUCAAUAAGAUAACACAUAAUGACGAUGGACAUGGUAAUGCCUACGAUGGUGAAAUUAAUUAUGAUUUAGAAAAGUCUAAGGUAUCGCAAGAGUUUAUCGAAGAUAAUGGACUUAUGAGAAAAGGUUCAAUCGAUGAAUAUGAUAAGAACUCAAUCAAGGGUAAAUGA